UUGCACUUUGUUGCUUGCAGGCAAGUAGGGAAAAGCAGGGAGAGAGCGAGAGGUGAGUGAGAGGGAGCAGCGCCCAGCGAAGAGGAAUGGACCCAGUACCCACUCAGGCGUGUACAUGAUUGAUGAGGGAGGCCCCCUGGAGAAUGAUUUUAGCGAGCCUUGAAUCACAGCGCAGCUGCAGUAGCAGAAGAAGAAGCAGUGGAAGCACCUUCGCACGGAGUGAACAAAGGUUGUUGGCGAUGGCGACCUCUCGUAGCACAACCUCCUCACGCUUCCGUCGUGUCCCUCCACCAUCUAAGUGCAGCGUUCCUACAAUCACCCGACUGACCGCGAGAGGGAGACGCUUGGCCGCCACACAGCCUAAUCAAGCCCUGCUCACCCAGACCCCCGGCCUCUUCUGUGCCCUGCCAAAAUUAUAAUGAGUCUAUUUCCUGCAGGGGAGCGGGAAUUACGUGAGCUGGAGCCCUGAAAAUGAUGCUCCUGUGACAGGAGUGGUAAGUUGCAGUGCUUUUCAGCCCAUUUUGUCAUACGGUCCUCCUGUUAAGACAUGGUGGGCAAGUAGAAAUCAAACGACUGCUGAUCAGUGGGGUGAUUAUCUUGUAGAGAGAGCUGUCGAGGUAGAGUGGGGAGGAGAGAGGGAGAGAGAUCGGUAGGGAGGGGAGUUGGGUGCCGAUAACACAUCACUUGCGGAGGGGCUGUGGAGUGGGGAUGUCGGAUGGACCUGAUCUUAGGAUCCUUGGGAGGGAGAUAGGUGAGCUAUGCGCAUCAUCUACAUUGACAACGAGAGGGAGGACCAUGGCGUGCGUGGUGAUGAGGCGACUGUAACUUGUGUCGAACCCAAAAGAAUGGUUGGGUCUCUAGCACUCCUUUGAUGCGUACUAAUUGGGGAAUUAUCUGGGGCCAGCGAUGACGACGCUGAUCCAGAAGGCUCUCAGGAGCAGGAAAGUGUGGUGCGCUUGUUUCUUCUUCGCCGCUCUCCCAGCUGCCAUGAUCCGAAUCUUACUCCUUUUCAACAACCCCGAUUCUUCCAAUUUUAAGAAGCAGUCUGUGGGCAUUUUUAUGGCCCCGGAAUAUAAUGCCACCAACACUGUUCUCAGUACUCCCCCACCUGCCAGAAAACUAGGAAAGUGUGAUUUGUCACAAGGUGAUUGGGUGCCGGAUCAUGCGCCACCGGUAUACAACAACGAGACCUGCAGGCACAUCCAAGCCACGCAGGAUUGUUUGGGGAAUGGGCGGCCAGACAGCCACUACUUAUACUGGAAAUGGAAGCCGCGCGGGUGCGAGGUCCUGAGAAGCGACGCCGAAGCUUUCUUGCGGACCAUGCGAGGCCAGAAGAUGGCCUUUGUUGGAGACUCCAUUGCUCGUAAUCAAAUGCAGUCGCUGCUGUGCAUUCUCAACAAGGUGGAGAAGCCUACUAAUACAUUCCAUUCCAGCGACGACAAAACAAACCACUGGUUCUUCCCAUCCUACUCGUUCACACUCACCAUCUACUGGUCAUCGUUCCUCGUGAAGAACUCGACCUACACUAUCCCUGACGCUGACAACACCUUCGUUCAAUUGGACUUGGAUAUUCUCGAUCCCGCAUGGGUGGAAUCCAUGGCAGGCACGGACGUGAUAGUGAUCUCCUCCGGCCAGUGGUACUUCAAGGCCGCAGUAUACAGGGAAGGAGGACAAUUCAUCGGCUGCCACCACUGCGGUGCGAAGGCGGGGUUGAAGCAAGUCGGCUUCUUCAGCGCGUACCGAAGAGCCAUUAGAACAGUCUUCAGAGAGCUGCUGCAAUCGGUGCCAGCCUUCGACGGAGUUGCCGUAUUUAGGACAUUCGCUCCGGACCACUUCGAGAAUGGCGGAUGGGACACAGGAGGGACGUGCCCGAGGACGGUGCCGGGAGGUGUGGCCAUCACUGAAAUGAACUGGAUGAUGCAUGAAAUUGAAACCACAGAGCUGGAGAAAGUUAGGGCUGAGAUGGGUGCAAAUCGUAUCAGCCUGCUUGACAUUACAGAGCUCGCGCAGAUUAGAACAGACGGGCACCCAGGACCUUACAGGAAUCCCUAUCCAUAUGCAAAAGACGCAAAGGAGAAGUUUCAAAUCGACUGCUUGCACUGGUGUCUUCCAGGGCCAAUUGACACCUGGAAUGAAAUGCUUAUGGAGACAUUGCAACAACAGAUGCAGCCUUGAGGACCACGUUUUAUUUGCAAGGGAUGAAACCAAAUCUUCCCCUAGGUAGGCCGUUAGAGCAGGCAGGUCACAAACACAAUCGCCAUGAGUAGAUAAAACGACAACCCGAGAAGUGACCGAUGUUUAGUUUACUCAGUUAGCACAAAUUCAGUGAGCUUCAAAAUGUCAUUUCAUACCGAUGCAAAGGAUAUCCGUGAGAAAAUUCGCAUGUAUA